CUUCUCGGUAGCUUCUCUGAAGCUGAAGCCCAUACCCACUAAUAUACAUCCCCCUUCCUCUAGCUGCCCCUGCUGCAAUCCACCGAAUUAUGCUCCUUUAAAUAUGCAUCUGACUUCGUCCCGCUACACCAUCCUCAAUUUGCUGCUUAAUCACUCUUCAUGGCCUGCUUCUUUAGACUCAGGCGGCACAGAUCCACUGGCCGAGAUACUGGUCAUGAUCGCGUGAAUUAUACCGACCAAGAAGAGAAUUAUGGUGCAGGUGCAAAGAAUUAUAAUUGGGAUGGCGUGAAGAGGCUAACCAAGAAUUUCUCAAGGGUGAUUGGAUCGGGAGGGUUUAGCACAGUCUUUUUGGCUCAGUUUCAGUUUCCCAGUUUUACAGCUUUUGGAGCAGUCAAAGUCCACGGAGACAGCGACCAUCUAAAUCGGUUCUUUAAGCAGGAAUUAGACAUCCUACGCCAACUUCAACAUCCCAACAUUGUGAAGCUUCUAGGCUACUGCGACGAUGAACUAGAAGAGAGAAACGCCCUUGUGUUGGAAUUCGUUGGGAACGGAACUUUGCAGGAUAAGCUCCAUGGAGGUGCAGAUCAUCAUCAAAAGCAAAUUGUAAUCUCUUGGGAAAGGCGGAUGGCCAUAGCCUACCAGCUUGCCCAAGCUCUGGAAUAUUUACAUGAAAAAUGCACCCUCCAAAUAGUACACGGAGACAUCAAAGCUUCCAAUAUCUUACUGGACGAGCAACUUAACUGCAAGCUCUGUGAUUUUGGGUCUGCAAAGAUGGGAUUCUCCUCCAUGGUGAUGCCUAAUUGCAAGCAAGUGAUGAUGGGAUCACCUGGUUACACUGAUCCCCACUACUUGAGGACAGGAAUCGUAUCGAAGAAGAACGAUAUUUACAGCUACGGAGUCAUCAUUCUGGAGCUGGUGACGGGGAUGGAGGCUUUCUGCUUAGAUAGGGGCCAGUUAAGUUGCCGUGAGAUGGAAGAAAUAGUAGUGGAUCCCAGAUUGGGAUGUGACUUGGAGAUCAAGGAAGUGAGGGCCAUGCUUUCACUCUCAGCUCUCUGUCUUGGUCACUCGCCAGUUCUCAGACCUUCAGCUACGCAAAUCUUGCAGCACAUGAGGGACAAUGUACCUUCUAUUGGUGGGCUCGCGACUCCAGUCUGGACUCUCACAGUGGCGGUGGCGACUUGUGAAAGAGCGACAAUGGGGUGUUUGGUUCUAGCUCCGGCACUGAAAUUGACGCCACGGCAGCAGAAUGGAAUUGGAGGAGACAGAAGGAAAUCCCUAAGUUGUUACAGAACUUCUUUUUUCCCUCCGUCAAGGGGAAAAUCCAAUGAAACGCUUCGUUUAUUCUCCUGCAAAUGUCAGCUGGAAAUGUUCGAUCUCGCCCCUGCAACCUCUGCCACCUAUGGAGCCCUGCUUCUCGCUGGCGGUAUCUUUGCCUAUAGUAAAUCAAAGAGCAAGGGUUCAUUGUUUGGAGGAUUGACAGGAGCUACACUUAUGGCUACGGCUUACUUUUUUAUGCAAGGACAAGAAACAAAAGUUAUUGGUGAUGCCAUUGGUUUUGGAUCUGCUCUCCUCUUCACUUCAGUAUUUGGUAUCCGAUUGGCGGCUAGUCGAAAGCUGAUUCCAUCAGGCCUUUUAUUAGGUCUAUCUAUCUGUGCGUCGGCUGUGUUUUGGACUUCUUAUUUUCAAGAUAGGGUGUGACUGUCGAUCUGAUUUAGUGGCUGUAUUAUUUGAUAAAUAAUACAAUCGGAUUGACGUAGCUCUUAUUUAUUUAUGUUAUCUGAUGAAAUUUGUACCUUA